UUUUUUAAAUCUACAUGCUACGUAUUUUGAGAGUGUCGACGUGUUCGAUCAAUUCUACAUAAUUUAAAAUAAAUUUUGUUGAUAUUUUUCGCUGAUUUCACGAAACUAUGUGCACUUCCGUAAAAAAUAAGGAUUCUCCACAAUGCCAGGAUAUGUCGCAUCUUGCAAAAAAGUGGUGCUGGAAUUUUUUUCGAUGCAUGAUCAUACAUCUGCAUUUUAUCUUCGAUAGUAUUAUAGACUUUGCCUUUGGCAUGUACUAUGAUAAGAAAGCAAAAAAGGUACCACCAGUGAAAAAUAAGCUAUUAUUAGAAAGUGCUGUUUCCUUAGCAGAAAAAAUUAGAACAAAAAAGGUUACAUCAGAAGAGAUUGUAAAAGCUUAUAUUGAAAGAUGCAAGGAAGUAAACGAUUUGAUAAAUGCAGUCGUGGAAUGUAGAUACUUAGAUGCAAUUGAAGAGGCGAAAGCAGUGGAUGCCAUGAUAGAAAAAGGCGUGGAUUUGGAGAAAAUAAGAAUAACGCAGCCAUUCUUAGGAGUACCGUUUACCACAAAGGAAAGCAAUCGGGUUAAAGGUUUAAUUCAUUCAAUGGGUCUACUUAGUCGUCGUAAUCAUCGUACAGAAGAAGAUGCCACAACAGUUCGUUUCUUCAAAGAGGCCGGUGGGAUUUUAAUUGCUACGACUAAUAUUCCUGAACUCCUUUUAUGGACUGAAUCAAGAAAUAAUGUAUAUGGACAGACAAAUAAUCCUUACAACACCACUAGAACUGUCGGAGGCAGUAGCGGAGGAGAUGCGGCUAUUGUAUCAGCGAGUGGUGCUCCAUUCUCCCUUACUAGUGAUAUAGGAGGCUCAACAAGAAUGCCCGCGUUCUUUAAUGGAUUAUUUGGCUAUAAACCCAGUGAAGGAUUGACUCCAAUGGCUGGAAUUGGAUUGCGUGAAAAAGACUAUCCAGACACUAUGUGUACAGUUGGACCGCUCUGUAGAAAGGCUGAGGAUCUGAUACCCUUUUUGAAGAUACUGGUCGGUCCUAACGUGACUAAAUUAAAGCUAGAUGAGCCGGUCAAUUUAAAGAAUUUAAAAGUAUUCUAUCAAGAGAGUUCUGGUGAUUUAAGAGCAAGCAAAAUGAAUAAUACCAUGCGAGCUACAUUAAUGAGAGCAGUGCAACAUUUUAGAGAACUAACGGGUUCUGCAACAAAGAUAAAAAUACCAGGUUCUGAAUAUAGUUUCAAACUGUGGAGAUAUUGUAUGAGUUGCGAAGAUAUUAAUUUCAAGUUGAACAUAACAAAUCGAAAAUAUGUCUCUAGUGCGAGUGGAGAAAUUUACAAUUUACUCACUGGGAACUCACAGAUAACGUUAGCUGCUAUUAUGAAAUUAAUAGAUGAAGAUUUCUUUCCGCGGGAGAACGCCGAAUGGGCAAAAAAUACCAUUGCAAAAGCGAAACAAUUUUUGGCGGAGAAAUUGAGUGAUAAUGGAGUAUUGUUUUAUCCUUCGGCACCGUUUUCUGCUAGUUAUCAUUAUUCUGCAUUUCUGAGACCCUUCAACUUUGGCUACUGGUGUCUGUUUAAUGUUUUGAGAUUCCCAACAUGCCAAGUGCCACUGGGCUUAGAUAAACAGGGCUUGCCAGUCGGUAUUCAGGUGGUUGCAGCUCCAUACAAUGACCAUCUGUGCUUUGCGGUGGCUAAAGAACUUGAAACAGCAUUCGGUGGUUGGGUUCCUCCAUCAUGAAUUAUGUGCAAGGGACACAUGUUUUUUUCUUAGAGAAUAUUAUGUUAAGUCGUAUAUUAUUAGUUAUUAUCGACGUUUCCAAGGAGCAUUUACGGGAUAAUGGAUAAUAGAUAUAAUAAUUAUUAUUAGGCUGUGGGAAUGUUUAAAAGCAUCAAAGAUAAUUAUGCAGUUUAGUUACAUCUCAAAAAUCCAUAAAAAUAGGCUUAUUGAUGCGUUUUUGCAUGAAACAAAAAAAUCUCGUAGAAAUAAGCGUGGCUCUGCCCCGAAAACUGAGAUAUUAACCCUUAUCGUGUAAACAAGGAUCAUUUGUGUCCAGGCGAUUUUUAAAGUUAUGAAUAUUUUGAAACACAGAUGAAUACGAGCGCGCUGUUCUGCUUCUAAAAAACUUGUGGGGGAAGAUACCUGAAAUCCCGGCAGUGAACAUUUUCUUGCUGAGCAGCGGAUAUCCAAAAUCGACCGCGGACACAAAUGACCCCUAUUUACAUGCACCGCAUAUUUGUCGUACAAAUAAGAAAACAAUUUUAUUCGUGACUAUGUUUCUUGACUAUUUUUAUAAGUA